UGCUUUAGGCGUGCAGCUCUCCCGCACGUGGGCUUCUCAGGUGCUGUGUCUUCUGGCCGGCUCUGAUAAAGCAGCGAAGGAUGAGAGGAUGCAGAAAAUCAAAGAUUGACUUGGUGCUUCCAGGCUGUUUACUGCAUCUCAGGCUGACCAUCGGUCCAGAAGAAAGAAUAGCUGCUAGGCUCGGGAGUUCAAUGCACUACAGCACAGAUAUCUUAAUGAAAAAAAUAAUCACUUUGAAUGGCGGGGAAUAGAGGAAGAAAGGCAGAAAAUGUUUUCACCAAAAAGUGGGUGAUGUUAAAAUCUGCAAAACUGGCAUCAUACCCACAGAAGGUUAUAAGUAGCCGAAUUCUGUUCUCUGAUACUUUGUAAAAUAACUUCUGGAGAAACUGAGACAAAUUUCUUAGAGGGGAUUCUCAAAGCUAUCAGCAAAAAUCCAACAAAUCAAAGAAUUAAAUACAUUUUCCUUUACAUCUGCCCUUACUGGCAUUACCUCUCUGCUUCUCCAUACAAAUCAGCCUGUGUAGUAUCUUGGGUCCCAACCUGGGAUUUCUAAUGGCCAAAUGGCUUUUCCUGUAACUGAGGAGGCUGUGUGGUCAGAUCCAUCCAAAUGGUACAGUUCCCAUAUGGAAACAUUAUCAUAUUAUAUAGAUUUACAUGUACUGAGCAUUAAAAGAAACAUAUUUGGCCCCAAAGCUGAUUACUUUUACAAAAGGGAAUCAAACUGCUUUUGCUGUUUAAUUUGCAGUCCCCUGGUGUGUGUGUUAUUCCCACUACAGUACAAACAAAUGCAUCCAACUCAGUCAUUUUUCUAAGCCAAAUAUUGUUUUUCGCCCUCCAGUUCAGGAAGACCAUGAACCACAAAAUGGUAGGAAAGUGUUUCCAAGGAAGUAUCGGUGUGUCCUUGUCCUCUUUUUCUGCUUUUCCCCAUGUUUCCAUCACUGGCCAGCAUCAGGGACAAGGCACUGGGCUGGAUAAUCUUUGAUCUGAUGUGAGAUGACCGCUCUUUUUAUAUGAUAAUUGAAGCCUCUAGCAGGAUUCACAAACAUGUGGCAGCUUUGGAAGGGACUGAAGGACGGGUCAGAGGCUGGAUCCCUACACCUGCUCUGCAAAGCCAAGGUCCUGCAUGAGUUCAGGGUGACCAAGUUCUUACCUUUAACACUUCUGAGACUUUUGUUGCUUAAAAUUGCUGUAGGUGAUGCUGAGGACCAACCCUGGCUUCAGGAGCUGGGUUGAAAGGGUUGCACGAAGUUACCUUUGGCCCUUCUUCCCAUGCAGCAUCAAUUACAGCUGAGACCAAGUCCAGAAGCUGUUUUGACACACUAGAACAUUUCACACACACUGCUGGAAAAUUUAUUCCCACAAAAAUCUUCUCAUUCUCUUAGACAAAGGGUUUUUUUGCCCCCACAUUUUGUUGUCAAAAUCUUUUUCCCAUCUGUUAUUGGGACAAAACAACCUCCUAGCUGGGACGUUUCAUUCAUGGAUAAAGCUUUUACCAGAACUUGUUUUAAGAAGCUGAGAGUUAGGGGCUCUCAGCAAAAUCAGCAACAAAACUCCCAUUGAUUUCCCUGUGAGCUGAACUGAGCCUCUCCUGACAGCGGGGAGAUUUUUAGAGGAGUUACGAUGGUCUUGUUGCUUCGCCCUUUCGAAAGCAAACUGUUUCUGGUGAAGGAACAAUCAGAAUAUUUGUCUCUUUAAAUGAAUGGUUCUCAGAGCCCGCACUGAGAGGCAGUCUCCCUCUCUGCGGCUGCGAGGCUACUCAGAGCCUCCAAUAAAUCAGCAUGCAGGAGCUGCGAGCUCUGUCCUUGAAGAGAUGCACAGUGACCUUGCUUACGCUCACUCCGGAGGAAUAACCAGGGGAGCCCAAAUAGUGCGAGCUCUACGACUAAAGGCGCCGCAUUCUGCAUGCAAACGCUACCGUACCGAAGACACUGCUACACAAAAUGCAGCUCUCCUGCUAGCCUGACCAGAUUGCUGCUGUUGUUUUUCUGUUUUUCUCCUUUUUUUUUUUUCCUUUUCUUUUUCGCAGGGAACUGAGUGAAAUCCUUAUGAUCGUUACAUGCUGGUUCAAUAAUAGCACACCCCAGUCACGUCUCCUCGCAAGCACAUUUCGUUGGAAUCGCUGAGCAGAAGCAAAGAAGAGCUGACGACUAUGUGUUUCCAACGCGGGCUGCCGGAGCCCUGUGCUUGCCAUUGGCUGCAGUUUUCUGGUUUAUUUGCAGCUUCCCCCAUCUGGAAUAUGAAAAUGGGAUUGAAGUAGAUAAUUGCUAGCAGCGGGUUUUCGAGAGAGGCUUAGAGGGAACAGAAUGCCUCUUGCACAGCACAGGCUGGCUGUGCUGGAAGAGCUCGCAGAGAUGAUUUUAGAUGUUACCCACGUCUGAAUCUCCUGGAAACUUUACCGUGGAAGCAAACCGUUGUGCACAACACUGGAGCUAACAUCUAAAAGGGGGCAAGGAAGGGGCAGCAGGGCCAAAAAAUGGGAUACUCUGUCCUUGGAUUGCUCAGAGAAAAAACAGCAAGCGUUUCCCUCUGCUUCCCAGUGAAAAGUGCAUGAGAGCGACAAUGAACUGAAUUUUACCCCCAGCGGAGCUUCAGGAUGGGAUACACAGACCCUUCGUCAAGCAGGGAUUUGCUGGGAAACAGAACUUUGUUCUUCAUCUUCAUCUGCGCCUUUGCCGUGGUCACCUUGCUGCAGCAGAUCCUCUAUGGGAGGAACUAUCUCAAAAGAGGGCUGCAGUUUAGCUGGCAGAAUGGAGAGGAGUUGGCAAAUUGGACCGGCACCUUUAAUUUCACGGAUGACGGAGCAGUGAAGAGUGGCAGUGACACAGGCAUCAGGUAUUUUGAAUUUUACGAAGGACCUUUGGAGUACAACUCUACCAAAUGCCUGGAACUGCGGCAGGACAUCAUUGCUGUGAAGGUUUUAUCCAUGGUGAAACAAACAGAAUUGUUUGAGAGGUGGAAGAACCUACAGAUGUGCAAAUGGGAGAUGAAUGUCACAGAAGCUAAUUUAUUCAAGUCUACUUUGUCGAGGUGUUGCAAUGCCCCUGCCUUUCUCUUCACCACCCAGAAAAACACGCCCUUGGGAACUAAACUGAAGUAUGAAGUGGAUACUAGCGGAAUCUUCCAUAUCAACCAAGAAAUCUUCAAAAUGUUUCCAAAGGAUAUGCCGUACCACCGCUCCCAGUUUAAGAAAUGUGCGGUGGUUGGGAACGGAGGAAUUCUGAAGAACAGCAGAUGUGGUCGGGAGAUUGACAGCGCAGACUUCGUGUUUCGAUGCAAUUUGCCUCCUAUAUCUGAGAAAUACUUCACAGACGUUGGGGUAAAGACGGACGUCGUGACUGUCAAUCCCAGUAUAAUUACUGAGAGAUUCCACAAGCUGGAAAAAUGGAGAGAACCUUUCUACGACGUGCUCCAGGUCUACGAGAACGCUUCCGUUCUGCUGCCAGCUUUCUACAACACUCGCAACACGGAUGUCUCGAUUCGGGUCAAAUACGUCCUGGAUGAUUUUGAGUCCCAGCAAGCUGUUUAUUACUUUCACCCUCAGUAUCUCAUCAACGUUUCGCGAUAUUGGCUCGGCCAAGGGGUGCGGGCCAAGCGGGUCAGCACCGGGUUGAUCCUGGUGACUGCUGCCCUGGAGCUCUGUGAAGAGGUCCAUCUUUUUGGCUUCUGGGCGUUCCCCAUGAACCCCUCAGGGAUUUUUAUAACUCACCACUACUACGACAACGUGAAACCUCGGCCCGGUUUCCACGCCAUGCCAUCAGAGAUCUUCAACUUCCUCCACAUGCACAGCAAGGGGAUACUGCGGGUUCACACGGGAACCUGCAGCUGCUGUUGAUGGGGAAAGUUCUUCCUCUGAUGCAAAAGUGUAACAGAAACUCAAUGCCUGUGUGUGACGUAGAAAGUUUUAUCACACCCUGAGAUUAUGCAAUAAUUGUUUGAUAUAAAUUUCCUCAAGGCAUUGCAUCCCAUAGGAUCCGGGACACCAGCAUCUUUCCUGCUAUCAGUUGGGUCCGUAACAGUGUAGGAGAAGCAAAACUCCUCUGUUCCAGGGUAUACUCUGCCCUGGGAAGCAAGUCAGAUAAGAAGCACAUUUCUGAUAGGUUUAGGGAUAAACAGAGCACGUUAACAUAGGUAUCAUUUCACUAUGAAGAAAGCACCAAACUUUUGAGGAGAAUCAGUGACAGAGAGUUUUAGCAUAGACUGACUUUGUGUAGGUUUCUGAAUCGAGUACCUUGGGGCAUUGUCAGAUUUUACCGAAAGCACUGUUCUCUGACAUUGGGGUUUUUGAAAAUACUCUUUAGCAUUGUAGUUUUAAGAGGAAGUAUAUAACUUGAGGUCUUUGUUCUGUAAUGUCACAAAGUAUUGGUGAAAAAUAGCAGAUAGAUGUGAUAGGAAUAAACAAGAUCACUUUGUGAAAUUUUUCAUCGGGGAUAGAAGAGAAUGUUAAACUCCCGUUCACAGCAACAGGUAACUGUGUUGAUCAUAGUAUGCAAUUGUUUUAGAGCUUCUUUCUUCUUCCUUCCUGUGUCUUAUACUUCUAGUCUCCUUUGCUGAACAUGUAUUUUGGGGUUUUUGGUUUUGUUUUUCUCAUUGUCUGUAAAGCUUUCCUCCUGGCUAAUACAUGGGCAAUCUGUGUAGCUCCUCCUACAGUGACCACUUCAGAUUGGAGUCUUUAUUGAAGAAAUAUACUCCUUCACACUUCUGCAAGAUUUUCUUGGGCUGGAUAGCGAGGAGAUUAUAUAGUUCUAUUUUCUGAGUUGAUUUUUUUCAUUCAGGUAUCACAGCAUUAAGACAGGAAAAAGCAUUUCCUUGUUUAUGUUUACGAAAGACUUUGUAAGAGUGUCUGAAUGUAGACUCACUGUUGUGCAGGUCGAGGUAAAUACUUUCAGGUAUCUGUGGAUAGUACUGGCAGGAAAAUAAGUUAAAUACAGUGAAGACACUUGUGGCUUGGAUUAUGAUGUUUAUUUCAAAAUUAAGCAUCUCAAGAUGUCACUGUGGCUUUUUUGUAUGUUGAGAAUGUUGCUGGGACAAUAAAAGGGCUGGUGUGUUCUUUAAAAAGUUACCAAUGCAACUUCGUUGGUUACGCCAAGCUUAAUUUUUCACCUGAUACAGUGAAAAUGGCAAAAUCCCGAUGCAGAAAAGAUGCCAUGUCUUGCUGGAGUUUAUUUUGGCUGCUGAACCGUGGCUGCUGGUAUAUGAACUUUCACACUGGUGUCGCUGCACACACAGGAGGGUGAGGUUUGCUGUUUCAGCUGGGCUGGCAUAGUCAAACAAACAGAGUGUACUGGUGUAAGUUCUUAGUCUGAAGCACUUGGGCUGUUGUCCAGCGCCUUGUCUUGUCUUGCUUAGAUUACAAGAUCUUUGCUCAAUGAUUUGGAGUUUAAAGUGCUAGUUCUACAUGAAAGAUACUUCUUUUUUUUUUUCUUUUUAGGUGGGAAGAGGGUUUAAAUCUAGAUCUAGACUUGGAUUUUCAUUUUGUGAUGCAUGAAUGCACAAAACUUCUUUUAAAAGCCUCUGUGCUAUGCUGAGAGCUGUGAAAGCUGCUCAUGCUGCAGGUAAAAUGCUCCAAAAAGAAGUGAAACACGAUGGCCUCCAUUUCCAAAUUACCCCUGACCAGCAGCGACCUGCGUGGUACGUGAUAACGUAUUUCCUUAAUGUUACACAAGACUCCAGAGGUUGGAUCACUUUAAAAGCAACUUGUAUCUUUCACAGAAGUGUCAGAACUUGGGAAAUGCCAGCCAGGGGUAGGCAGGACCUGUGCUUAAGCUUUAUAUAUUUGCAUUGCGUGGUUUUGGUCUUAAAUGGUGCCUUGCUGAGCACCACCUCGCAUCGGCCACUGUGAAACACGCAGCAUGCUGAGAAUGAACUUGUAGAUGAAAUGGCUUCCUUGAUUUAAUAUGCAAAAGAGAUCUUUGUCUUCGCUGUGUUUUGUAAAUAUGUGUGCAAAGGGCUUUGAUAAUGAAGUGCUGUCAUGAAAGUGCUACUUAGAGAGCGAUGUGACCCCCUGGGUUGGCCGUCUUGCUGUGCAUUAAGCUUUAUGAUAACAGGAAUGACGCUGGAGCCGGUACCUAGAGUCCUUACUCCCUAUUCUGCCUGAGUACAGGACUAGUAGUGACUUCAGUAUUGUUUUGCUGCUGCUGCUUUGCUAAAGUUACCGCCUUUAGUAAGGGGUUUUUCUUUACUAUGGUGAUUGAAGCGAACAAAAGCAACUGAGAGGAGUCUGAUAUGUUGCGAAAGAUACUUCAAAAAAGAUGGGAAAGCACAUGAGAAGCAUCCGUAUGUUGGAAAGAAAUGUUGCAAAUCCCUCUUUUUAGUCGCAAAAAUCCUAUUGGACUUUUUCGACAGACAAAAAGGAUAAGCAGAACUGUAAUUACAAUUAAACUGUAAUUACAGGGUCACAGACCUUUCCUUUGUUUGCUUCGUAUAAAUGAGCAAUGUAAAUUCACCUAGGCUAUACUGUAAUAAGUGCAGUUUUACUGUGUUUAGAUUUUGAUCAGUUGUAAAUCUAUAGCUACUAUAUUUUUUUAUCGAUUUUAAAGUGUGUGUGCAGGAUACUUGCACGUAUGCACCAAAGCCCCAGUCUUGCCAUAUUUAUCUGAAAAGAGCAUCCAUUCAAGUGGAUGGGUAUUUUAUUUGUGUAGGGACUGUGGAAACAGGCCCUGACGUGUCUGUGAAGGUGUACAUAGGUGUAUAGUUAGAUAUAAGGAGUGAUCUGCAGACCAGAAAGAUACUUAUAUAUAUAUAUAUAUAUAUAUAUAUAUAUAUAUAUAUAUAACACAGUCCUUGAGAUGAAAUGCAUGUUGCAACGUGUUUACUUUGUGACUCAUUUUUCGGGUGUUGCUCAAAAAAUGAUUGAAAAACUAUGGCACUUGUCAGAAAUACCAUAUGCAGAAGCUUUUAAGAUUUAUUUUUUGGACUUAUUGCUGGAAAAUCAGAUUUCUGCUGCCGUACCGUGGUGUCCGUGGUGCCGAGUGGAGAUGGCUGAGGAUGAAUCCAACCUGCUGCUCUGUUCUCCAUUGGUAGCAAAUAAAUCUCCUGCCCAGGAGAUUUUAGCUAGGUGGAGAUCACUACCCGUGCAAAGUCAAUGUGGGGUGGGUGAGCCAGCACUGACCAGCCUGAGCUUCUGUCUGUCCUGCUUUAAUGGACAAAAAGAAGGGCUGUCACAGAAAGUAGGACCCUCCUUGUUUUCUGCCAUCAUUCUGUUGUCUACCAAGCAUAAGAAAAAACUCUUUUGAUAUAAAUUCUUCUGAGUUUUGAGCUGUUUUGUUUUCCCUUCUCCCACGUGGCCAAGCCUCCAAAUGUCCAACUUUAACCUUCUUUGAACAAUGAGGUACCUGAGUGAUAAGAAGUGAUGGUCAGUAAGCUGGGUGUUUGUUGCACACUGUUAGGGCGAGUAAAAGGUGCACAGAGUGUAUCAUGCAGAAAAGCCUGCAGGCCCCAGAGAAAUCUCUUGAUAAAAAAAUCUGAUCUGUGUGAGAAGAAACGCCGUCAUCUGUCUGGUACCACAUCCUGACCUCAGGCUGUAAUCCCGGCUUGAUGCUGAGGGUAUGAAAUCUGAGACAGGGAGAGAGAAAAUUAUAAUGUGAUGGUUUAAUCACCAACGCCCCGUAUUAUUCAGGAGAAUCCCUUAAGAAGUUCCUGACAUCUGCACACUGGUGGUGCAAAUUCAGUUGGAGAAACGCAGCUAGAACUGCUUCUACUUUAUUGUCAGGUCAUCAGAGGAGGCUUAUGAAUCUUUCAGAGCUUUCAUCAAACGGAGAGCAGUAUUUAGUCGAAAUAGUUUAGCUGCUUGCUUUUGAUUUGUGAAAUCCAACUUUGCUGUUGGACUGGAUGGAUUAAAGGAUGUUAGGGUCAUUAUAAUAUUUUAGCAUAUUUUCUGUGAUGUCGACGGAGUUGUCAAAACCAGCUCAUGAAUUGCAAAGGGAGUUGCCGUGGCAGCUUCUCAGGGAGGAAACAACACAGUGAGUAGGUCCGUGGUCGCCUGGAAAGACGGUGUAAAGGGAAUGUAGGAAAUUGCAGCCAAAUCUCUGGUCCAGAGAUUUACUCCACUGCUGUGGAGUAAAGUGAUGAUGAUGAUGAUGAUGAUAGGUGUUUGAGUUGAGAGAAGGGAACAGAGCUGCGGAAGGGGCUGGAGCACAAGUGUGAUGGGAGCGGCUGAGGGACCUGGGGGGUUCAGCUGGAGAACAGGAGCUGAGGGGACACAGGGACACAAAGAAACGGCCUCAGGUUGCGCCAGGGGAGGUUGAGGUUGGAUCUGGGGAACAAUUUCUUCCCCAAAGGGCUGUGGAGCAUUGGAACAGGCUGCCCAGGGCAGUGGUGGAGUCACCAUCCCUGCAGGGUUUAAAAAUACACACAGAUGAGGUUCACAGGGACAUGGGUUAGUGCUACGGUUGGGUUAAUGGUUGAACUCAAUGAUCUUGAGGGCCUCUUCCAAACAAAAUGAAUCUGUGAAGCUUCACAGCUCGCGAUGGCCAGGAGCAGCUCCCCCAGUCUCUGACAAAAGCUGCCCCCAUGCAGACCUGACUGUUGACACAGGUGAUGUUCCCUUGGGGUGGUCAGAUGCAGUAAACGAAAAGAAAUCAGCGCUAAGAACAGUCCUGUUUGUGGGGAUUCGGUGAAUCAGGAGAAACGUUGCUCCAACUUGGAAGGCAAAACCACUGGUGGUGACCGUGGGCAGACUGCCCGUGCUCAGCUCUACAUGGCGGUAAGGAGCAAUCUCUGGUUUGCAUGUCAGGGAAACCAGGGUGGACAAAACACUGAGAGGUGGAGUGAGAGGGCAUCUGUCCUUUUUAAUCUUCUGAGGUCUGGUGGCUCAUCAGCAAAGCUCUGAUUAUAGAGAGCACAAGCUUGGGUGGUGAAAAUCUCUCUUUCCCCUGUCUUGCUUGUGUCUGAGCAAACUUUGGAGCUUUUAUGUGUAAAUGAAGAAGGAAACAUAGCAAAAUUCUGCAACCCCUAAGGACCAAAUUCCCUGGGAAGUUAGAAAGUGAGCUGAGGUUUUAGGUACAAAAGAGCCAGUAAUUAUUCUUAGGGCCUUUUCCAAAACCCAGUGAAGUCUGUGGAAGUUUGUGUGUACUUCAGAGCAAGUCUCCAGAAAUGGGCCCUUAUCCCGGGCAGAAAGAGCAGCCACUUGAUUUCAGAUACAGUUUUUAAUAUAUUGUAGGUACGGUGCAGUAGCAAUAUUGUGUUUUUUUGCGGUGUGUGUAAAGAACAAACUUAUCUGGAAGCAGAAGUGCUGUGACUGUCACUCCCCCUUCCAGAUUUCAGCACUUUUCAUCCCUGCAAACUCAUCUAUGCAAAACAUUUCAUCACAGUAGUGUAAAUUGCCAUAUCAAGUGACAAACAAACCCUUUUGUACAGAGCUGUGUGUACUUGAAUCACAUGCCUCUAGAAAAUAGGUGUUUUUCUGCUUGCUUUAAAAUACCAGGGUGGAAUUAAUUGUUGAUAUGAAUGUGAUUGAGGCAGGAUUCAGUCCGUUCCCUUUGAAGCCAGCACAACAUUCGCAUCUGGCUUCAAUAGGAAAAAAGCUUCAUAUGCAAUGCUUGUAAUCAAGCCACUAACCUGCAUCUCCCAAAAAACCCUCCCAGACUAUUAUCUUUUUAUGUCUUAUUACCACUUUAUGUCUUAUUAUCACCCUGUCUAAUGUGAGUGAGGCUGCUGGGCAUCCCUGUAUUGCCUGUAUAGUAUUCAAAAUCAACAAGCAUUUGUACUUAAGUGCUUUUAGAAACAAACUUAAGGGAAAUCCAAAAGUGUGCUAGGGAUUAGGGAGCUUGAGUCCCAGGCAGUCGGCACCUCCAACGCUCCCCAAAUCCCUGACCAUCUAAGAAACAUCAGAAAUAUGAGACUGAGCCAUACUGGGAAAAGAAAGACAGGUCUGCUCGGUGCUUUAAGGGUUGAAGGCUGUAAAUAUAUUACUAACAUGUCUGACUUUCCCAUAAGUGUUCUUGGUGUUUGGGUAAGUUGAUGUGCAUUUUUAACUGUAUUAAUCACUAUAAAAUGUGUUAGCGUGUAAAAUGGUGACAAAUUAAGCCAGCGAAAUCAGAUGCUGUGUUGGCUAGUUCUGGAAAUGUCUGUUCUACCAGAAAUCAACUGGUGGACCAAGACACUGAAGUAUCGCCAGUGCUCUGUAUGGCUUGUGAAGACUCUGGUUAUUACUUGUUUUAACAGAAUUUAAUUAAUCCCUAUUUGUUAACCUUGUGUUGGCCAAGUGUUACCCACUUAUGUGUGACACUAGAGCCUGUCCCCUUAAAGACAAAGAAAACUGUUUGUACCCACUCUACCUGGGACAGGACAUGGUGAUUUUUGCUUAAUUUCGGGGUCCUCCUUGUUCUCAAACCUCUGUGUUCAUCCCACGUAAAUUGUAUUGAACAGCUGCCUCCUGGUUGACUAUGUUCCCUGUUUUCACUUGGAAAACGAAUGCUUAAUUUGGAAAUACCAGAGGAAAACUGUGUGUCUUCACUCUACGGGAGCUUGGGCUAUUGCAAAAUUAAAUUAGCUUCAUGUUUAUUAUUUCUAUCAGGCAGUGAUGGUGGGGAUGGAGAAGUCCAAGCGGAGUCAUAGUAGUUUCAUGCUGAUGUUAAUGCCUCGUGUCCAUUGACUCACCUUUCUUUUUCGCAACCUUCCACCCUGUAAUUUCUGCUUAUUGUUUCUGUAGCUGUAUUAUGGUUGUAAUAGAAAGCCUAUCAAUUGAUGUAAGCCAUAACUAAACCAGUUAUCAGGGUAUAUUAAUUUCUUUUGUCUGUGUCACUGUGUUCGAAAGAUGAUUUAAUUCUAUUGAAUAAACCACUUUAACAGUUUUAUGGGAAAGACCA